CUUCCUACAGCUCAGGGUUUCUAUUAUUUACAGCUCAAAUUUUGAGCCUUUUUUCUGCACCCGUACUUUCCAAUGGGUAAUUCCGGCAAGCGGCCGCCGUCUAUAUUCGAAAUUCGUCUCCGAAAACGGAUACAAGAAACCUACGGCAAAUCACCUCCCUCUAUUGACCAGCUCGUUGACCGUUUACGCGCCAAGUACCCAGAUUACAGCCGCCAUAAGUAUCAGCCGUUUAUGAGAAUGGUCAAACAAACAUUAGAUUCUGACCCCACCAACAAAAACAAACGAAAACAAAAACCCAGAAGCAAUUUGGUAUUUGCAGAUUCUGAAGAUUCUGAUGACGUCACGCCGGCGAAGAAGAAAACUAAGAACAUUGAUGACAGGGAAAGGAAGUUGGAGAUUUUGGAAAGGAAUCAUGUUGAGAGGAGACGUCUCGAUUCGGGUUCUGGGUCGGGUUCGGAUUCGGGUUCGGGUGAAGAAGAUGGAGAAGAAGAGAAUAUAAGUGCGGUUUCGACUUCCGAGGAUGAUGAGGUUUAUAGUUUGAAAUUUGAGCCGGAAUUUGAUUUAAUGAAAUCUAUGUUGCGAGACAAGUAUGGGGGGUCGAAAAUGGAUAAAAACGAUGCGAAAACGGUUGAAAACGAUGCGAAAAUGGUUGAAAACAAUGCGAAAAUGGAUAAAAACGAUACGAAGAAGGGAGAGAAAGGGAAGAAUGUGGAGUUGGAGGUUGUUACUAAUAGUAGUAAUAAAAAAGUUGAUUUGAUGAAGGAAGGUGGAGGUGUUAAGGAUAUAGGAAAAGGGAAAGAGUUGAAAUCAGAUAAAGGGUUGGGUAAUGGUAGAUUUGGAGAAGGGAACGAAGGGCCGAGAUUUAAGGAUUUGGGUGGAAUGGAAGGGGUGUUGGAUGAGUUAAAAAUGGAAGUGAUUGUGCCUUUGUAUCAUCCGGAGCUGCCAAGGAGUCUGGGAGUGAGACCAAUGGCUGGGAUAUUGUUGCACGGGCCGCCAGGGUGUGGGAAGACUAAACUGGCUCAUGCUAUUGCUAACGAGACAGGUGUUCCGUUUUAUAAGAUUUCAGCUACUGAGUUGGUUUCGGGUAUUUCAGGUGCAUCAGAAGAGAACAUACGAGAUCUUUUUUCAAAAGCAUAUAGAACUGCACCAUCUAUAGUUUUUAUUGAUGAGAUUGAUGCAAUUGCUUCAAAAAGAGAAAACCUUCAGAGAGAGAUGGAACGGCGCAUUGUGACACAGUUGAUGACUUGCAUGGAUGAAUCUCAUAGGGUUGCUAAACAUGAUGAUAAUUCAAAAAAUACAGAGAUGUCUGAUGGAAAACCGGGAUAUGUCUUGGUAAUUGGUGCUACAAAUAGACCCGAUGCUGUUGAUCCAGCACUAAGAAGACCUGGACGGUUUGACAGAGAGAUUGCUUUAGGUGUUCCGGAUGAAAAUGCGAGAGUACAUAUUCUUUCUGUGCUGACAAAAAAUCUGAAACUUGAAGGUGCUUUUGAUCUGUUAAAAAUUUCUAGGGCAACCCCAGGAUUUGUUGGAGCUGAUUUAUCAGCAUUGGUGAAUAAAGCUGGUAAUCUCGCUAUGAAGAGAAUCAUUGAUGGGAGGAAGUUGGAACUUAUUAUAGAAAGUACUGACACUGAAGAAAAGGAAGACUGGUGGAGGAAGGCUUGGACAGCCGAAGAGAUGGAAAAACUUAGCAUCACAAUGUCUGAUUUUGAGGUAGCCGCUAAACUGAUUCAACCCUCUUCUAGAAGAGAAGGAUUCUCUAGCAUACCAAAUGUCAAGUGGGAAGACGUAGGUGGUCUUGAUUUAUUGAGAAAAGAGUUUGAACGUUAUAUAGUUAGGCGUGUAAAAUUUCCCGAUGAGUAUGAGGAUUAUGGAAUUGAUUUGGAGACUGGGUUUUUGCUUUAUGGACCUCCUGGUUGUGGAAAAACAUUAAUUGCCAAAGCUGUUGCUAAUGAAGCAGGAGCAAAUUUCAUACAUAUUAAGGGUCCUGAGCUUUUGAACAAAUAUGUCGGCGAGAGUGAAUUGGCAGUUCGGACAAUAUUCAGUCGUGCAAGGACAUGUGCUCCAUGCAUACUAUUCUUCGAUGAGGUUGACGCUCUGACAACAAAACGUGGAAAGGAAGGUGGAUGGGUUGUUGAGCGACUUCUAAAUCAGUUAUUGAUAGAGUUAGAUGGUGCUGAUCAACGCAAGGGAGUUUACAUAAUUGGUGCCACCAACAGGCCAGAAGUGAUGGACCCAGCAGUCUUACGGCCUGGAAGAUUUGGGAAACUUAUGUAUGUCCCUCUGCCAAAUCAAGAUGAGCGCGCGUUGAUUUUGAAAGCUUGUUCUAGAAAUAAGCCACUAGACGACGAUGUGGACUUAAUUGCUAUUGCCCGAAGUGAGGCUUGUGCAAGCUUUAGUGGAGCCGAUCUGUCAGCAUUGAUGAAUGAAGCUGCCAUGGCUGCUGUUGAAGAUAAAUUUAGUAAAAUUGAAGCUGCAAAGGCAGAUGCUGCUCGUGAAGGGACAUCAGUAUCAUCAUUAUCACCAACACAUACAAUAAAAGCUCUACAUUUUGAGCAAGCAUUGAAAAUAAUCUCACCUUCUGUAUCAGAAAAGCAAAAACAAUAUUACCGUAUACUGCAAGAGAGCUUCAAAAGAUCUUAGAAGUGGGAUUAUGGAGCAUGGCAUUGUUUUGUGUUAAUCUUUAUUAUCUCAAAGGGUAAUACUACUCAUUUCGUUACAAAACGAGCUAUAGCCCCCUUAACCACAUCAAGAGGGGUAUCCAGUUUUGAUCUGUGAAAUAUAGCAAUUUAGUUGGUAAGUUAUUUUGCAUCUCAUUGCAUUUUUUGGUAACUAUAGAAUGUCAAUGUUUUAAGUUUUAGUUAUUAGUUAGUUUUUUAUAUUGCCCAGUAUUUCUUUUGUAUUUCCUCUUCUCGCCUACAAGUGAGCUGGCUGUCCAGUGAUUUCUGUAAAGAAAUUAUCAGAUUACAUAUAGUUCUUUCUUUUGUGUA